AGGAUGCCGCUCAACAUCAUGUGUGAGAUACGUAAUCGACGAACGUCAAAACUUCAGCAGUCGCCUUUUGGCCUGUACAAUGGACACAAGGAGCCUGUACGUCUCCGUUAGGCAAUUCCAGAGUUCAAGACAAUGUGUCACCCAACAAUCUGGCCACGGGAAGUUCCGAAGCACAUCAUAGUCAAGUGCGAUAAUAAUAACAAUAAUCCAAACAAUCACGACUUUGCCACCAACACCAACGCCAACAAGCAGCUACUCUAGCCUCGAUUGUGGAUUUUUUUGUGUCUGUGUGUUUGCGUGUUUCCACGGAGUUCGGUCCGGUCGGAUUUUAAUUCAAUAAUUAUAGUUCAAUUCUCGGGCUCAUCUUCAUAGAACACAAGUGAAUAGUGACAUGACCCACUAGUCGUCGUUGUCGCUGUCGCUGACAUUCAAUUUCGAAAAGGACGAAAUUUAAGUGCGGCGUGCAUCUCUGAUCAAAAGAGCCUUCUUAGACCGGCAGAGCAACCGAUAACACAAAAAAUAGAGAAAGACAUCGAAUUGAUCGUUGUCAGACAGUGAGUGUGAUUCAGAGCCAAGAAAAUGAGUGUUGCAGCCAUGGAUACGGGUGCAAUGGAAACUCAAGCUGCUCAGCUCAAUCUACUCCUCUACCAAAUCUACCGACCCUACUUCAACGAUCCCAAUUUAGUGGGUGGAGAUACCCUGACCUGCGGGGUGUGUUCCAAAGACUUCGCUUUAGCCGACAUUGUCAAGUUCAUUCAACACAAGGUGCUCACGUGUAACAAGGAGAACUACUGCAAAAAGUCCGGCGCUGCCACCGAGAAUGGCAAGGAGAAUGGCACCGAAGACACCAACGAGACCGAGUCAGAGUCCACCAACAACAACAACAAAGAGACAACCAACAGCCUCUCCUCGCCUUCCACUCCCACGGCCCCAUCGGCCACGGAUAGUAAAGUCACUACGAGCUCGCCACCUCAACGACGCCAUAGCACGGGAUCUUCGUCACCCGGAUCUGCGGGCGGAAAGUCCCCUCAUUCCACCACGAGUGAACCCGUUGGGGUAAUCCCGAUGGACUGUGAUGGAUUCUUGAGCGGAACCAAUAACAACAAAUUGGACAAACUCAAGAGUGAGAGUGAAGAAAGUCGGAAGCGAAAAGCCGAUUGCGUUGACGCAGACACCAAUACGAUCAUCACCGAGCCAAUGAAUUUCACGUGCUCCACGUGUCGAAAGAAGUUCGAUUCAGCAUGGCAAUUAGUCCAACAUGCCCAAGCGUCGCAUGGACUUCUCAUUUGUGGCGAUCGAACCGCAGCGGCCGUUACAGCUGCAGCCGCAGCAGCAGUUGUUAAUGGGUCGGGUUUCCUGCCCAACCACAGCAUGUCUGGCCUCAAUGGAAGGCGAAUGGGCGCCACACCCCCGGUGGGCGCCGCCCUUCCCCCAACGUCGCCCUUUGCUCCCUUGCCCGGUUUGGAUCCUCACUUCGGCUUGCUCCGUAUGCCUUUGGGUGAACGAGGUCCCUUCCCCAGCCCGCCCAGCUCCUUGGGUGCCGGUUUUCCCCGCCCACCUGUCUCUAGUCACCAUGAUUUCCGUAUGGAACAACUCAUGUCCAUGAAUUCGCAUCUGGGCUUGCCCAACCCCUUUGAACGACCUCCAAUGUUUGGAGCUCAUCACUCAAGCGCUGGAACCGUUACGUCAAAUGCCAGCUCGGUCAUGGGAUUAGCCGGUUUGGCAGCCGGAUCUCCACCCGCCGGACUGGAUGCUCAGAGUUUGGAUUUCUAUUCCCAGAGAUUGAAGCAACUUGCCGGUGGAUCGACCAGUCCUGAUCCUUUAAGACACACCACCACCCCGUCAUUUUCCUCGCCCACUAGUAUCUCUGACAAAGAGAAGAGGCACACCCCUAACUCCAAUUCCAGUACGCCGAGGCCCAAUCCUCCCCAAACACCCACGGAUUCGAUCAAGUCUGACUGCUUGAAGCCAUCCCCGUCUGAUGAUAAGGAGAACAAACGGAGCAGCCCUGUUCUAUCCGAAUGUGCUCCUGAUUCCAGUGAUAGAGCCAAUGGAACUGCUAGUGAGAAUGACAAGCAUUCCUCUGGAUCUGUGGACGAGGAGCUCAUGGAUGACGCCAUGGAAGAGGAGGAAGCCGAGGACCUAACUACCAAGUCCGUGUCUACUCCUGCCUCCACGCCCACCUCCACCCCUGUGCCAAGUUCUUCAUCGGAACGCUUGGCCUCCAACGGUUCCAUGUUGGGAGAUCUCAUGAGCAAAUUUGGAUUCAGCGACAUUCAAGAAUAUCAAGAGGCAUAUCGCAAAGCCUUGCAAGAAUCCGGGGCUUCUAAGCUCAAUGACAGAUCCAACAACAACAUUGAUGACCAUAGAUCCAAAACUCCUCAAGAGAAUGGAGAGAAAUCACUGCGACUGAGAGAUGACAUCACCAAAAACGUGCCUGUUGUCAAUUCUCUGGACUUGGCCAGCCCCUACUUAGGGUUUGGCUAUGAUGCAGCAAAGAGACUGAAACUGGAGAGGGAGAGCCAAAGUAGCCUCUUUGCAGGCCUUUGGAUGCCCACAGCCACCCAAAAUCUUUACCGAAGUUUUGGUCGAGCCCAUCAAGGCCACGACCUUAGCAACGACUCCAAGCACGAGAAGUUGGUCAGACGAGGCGGGAAGCGUUCCUCGAUUAAUGACAUCGACCUUCCUCCACUACCUCCAGGCGUGACCCUGCCACCCAUGGAACCGUCUGCCUUGAAGGCCAUUGCCCAGAAAGGCCGUCUUCAUGCGUUGUUCGACCCCACGGCCAGAAGAGACAUCACUGGUCGGAAUCGGAAUGACACCUGUGAGUACUGCGGUAAGGUGUUCAAGAACUGCUCCAACCUCACUGUGCACCGUCGCUCCCAUACUGGUGAGAAGCCUUACAAAUGCGAACUGUGCAACUACGCCUGCGCCCAAAGUUCAAAAUUAACCCGUCACAUGAAAACCCAUGGCCGUUUGGGCAAGGACAUCUACAAAUGUCGUUUCUGUGACAUGCCCUUCAGUGUGCCUUCCACCUUGGAAAAGCACAUGCGCAAAUGUGUGGUCAAUGCCAACAAACACAAACAUCACCGAAAUCCUAACGAGAACAACACCUCAUUCAUGUCAUCUCUCUUGUCUGGUGCGGCCGCCAACGCCGCUGCUGUCGCUGCAGCGGCCGCCAAUCUCCGAGGAGCGGCCGACAGCCCCUCGGGCAUCUUAUCCGGGUCAGAAAACUCCGUUGAUAGUACCAAAGAUCUCCCAUCCCCUGCCCUUCCCCACGACUUGUCCCUCGCGACCUCCGCCGCAGGUUUGAAGGAAUCAUCAUGACCUCAGCCCCGCGGCCUGCUGCCUCCUCCCCCUUCUCUCACUCGUCCUCGUUUCCCAUCAUUUGCUCCUCCUUCUCCCUCCGUGUCCCCAGCGGCCAUGGCCCUUUCGCCAUCUCAUCAUAACCUCAGUGGUCAGUUCGGUGGUCAAGCACAUCAGCAACACCACCAUCACCAGCAAGUGCAGCAGGCUCAGCAACAGCAAGCGGCUGCCUUACAUGCCGCUGCAGCUUUCUUUCGAGGCUUCAGUGGUACCUCGCGCUUUCCUGGCGGUGCCAGUGCUGGUGGUCAUUCUGGCUUUCCUUCGCCAAUGACGGCUGUGGCUGCUCGCGCACUGACCUCGACGUUCCAUCAACAUCAGCAGCAGCAGCAACAACAACAACAACAACAACAGCAACUGCAUCAGCAACACGCUCUUCAUUCUGGAACCUCAAGUAGUCUUUCUUGUCCCAGUGGGAUUUCCAAAGCCACUCUCACCACCGCCUCAAGUCCCUCACCGUCCGUACUGCCACCGCCACCGCCGAUGGUUCCACGGCCGAACUCGACGGGAAGUGGUCCACUGACCGCUCCUCGAUUCGGCAUUUUUUCCUAACCAGUAUUAGAAAUCUUCUUUAUUUCCGGCAAGAUUACGUGUGGAACGAACCAGGGAUUCGCUCUCUGCCUCUCGCUAUUGGUGGAGAUCUCAAAGAAUUAUGUGUCUGAAACAAUGAUCUUGAAGACUGAGUCUGAUGACCUUUCGCUCUCUCUCUCUCCCUCUCUCUAUCUCCGUGUCUCUCCAGAACUGUCUCUUUUUCUCCCUGUCGUUCCUUUUCGAUUGCUCGGGAAAAGUACUUCACCUCUCAACUACCAUUACUACUGCAAGUACUGCUACAAGUACAACUAUUGCUAAUAAUAAUUUAAAAUGUACCUUGUUCUCUGUGUGCUUGUGCUCCACUAUUGUAUACAUGUCCUUUCUUCUCUUCGUUGACGUCCAAGAACACCUUACUAAAUGAAGAUACCAAAAAUAUUGAUGUGAUACACCUCCCUUUCCACCCAAAGCAGAAACUUCUUCAAACCUUAAACCCCAGCGACAUUUUCAACAUCAAGAAGAAUGACAUCUUGUCGUUAGUCACUCACUCACUCUCUCACUCAGUCAGACAGACUAUCUGCCCCUCAAAGCUAGGAGUGGCUGAGAUUUGUCCAAGUACUGUACAUAUUACACCUACACUUUGCUGGCCCAUCUUUUCCUCCUGCUAAAUGGUAGAGCAAGAACUCACUACUGCCUCUAUAUCCCCCUGGUGGUUGAUCUUACCAGAAAGAACUACGGCCAAAAAAGCCACCAAUUUCAAUGCCCCUUGAAAGUUUUGGAAAAAACAACACUGAUCAGUAAGUAGUGCAUGUUUUUCAACCGCCAAGAAGCAGUCCCAAACUUCCACCGGGCGAUCCAAAAUCUUGGAGACUUGGAUCUCACAUCCUCAUUCCAAAUGGAUCAGGAGCGGAGGGAGAACUCGGACUCGAACCACACCUAAACCAUGAAAUUCAUUCUCCUCUUGCUCUACAGUACUAUCUCUCCAUUCGACUAAUUCGAGAGUCUUCCGUCAAGCACCAAACCAAAGGAAUCGCAAAGUUAAUGCUUUAAUUUCUCCUCUAACCUUCUGGACGCUCGAGCUCGCUCUUGGGAUGGAGCUCCAUGGUGGAUCUUGGAAAUGUGUGAUUUUGUUGAACGAUUUCCCUAUGUUUUCUCCUUUCUUUCCCCCACCCUCUUUUCUGUCGUGUUUCUCUCUCUCUUCUCUCUUUGAUCCCUUUUCCUCGCCUUUGGCCACUGAGACUCUUGAGCAGUCUAAUCAGUGUGGUAAAAAAAGCUUUACAAAACAGAUUACGAAUACAAAGAUUCUUCUGGCCCAUUGACAAAUUAUGAGAGCUCAAAUGAAUGUGGAGGGACACACCCCGCAGUUCCACCUCCUACCUACAUUCAUUCAUUCAUUCAUGCAUUCAAUUGCUCGAUCGUACUUAGUUUGUUUGAACUGGGCCCAGAAAAAUUCAAGACUUGUCAGUUGUUGUUAUUAUUGUUUGUGAAUUGUCCCCGAAAAGAAAACCAACAAAGUUUUAGUCAAUUGUUAUAUUUUAUUGCCAAUCACUCUCUCUCCUCCCUCCUGCUGCCCUUCUUUAUCCCUCUGCUACUGCUGCUGUUGUUAGAGUGGAUAAAUGUACAACUACUUUCCUCCAGCUCCUAUGGAACAAACCUACUAGGAAAAAAUCCCCCCAAAACGUCAUUUCGUCUCAAUGGAAAGUGACGAGGGAUAAGAAAGGCUCUCUCUUUUUUUCCAAGAUUCCUUCCCAGAAAUGCAGAAAUGGCCUCAAAAGAACGUCUCCAUGUGUCCUUUGCUCUAUUUGGACCAAACAGAGGCCAACAGCGACGAUGACCCACCAGCCACACAAUGUACAUACUAAGCAGUUAUUAAUAGCGCCAGCCAAUGAGUGUUUUCUACUAGUAAUCAUCAUCAUCAACACCAACCACGUUUCUCUCACUAUCUCUCUCUCUCUCUCUCUCUUUUUUUUCUCUUGCCGUGUGUUAAUCUCGAGCUGAAACAACCAAAUCUGUCUCCCAUGGGUUUUUGAGCACAUUUUACACUCGCCCUACACGAGAAGGACACGGACUCCUACUUCCCUGAAGUUUGACACCAGAGGACGCCACUCUAUCCACCAUGAUAAUGAUGAUGAUGAGUGACGUUGACCCCGCAUUUAAGAGGAAAACAAACCACAACAAACCAACAGAUCUUUCAUUUCUCACAAAACAUCAACCAGUCCCCCAUUCCGAUUUCUUUUUUGUAAUGAGCAACCAUACAUCGCUCUCUGUGUCUCACAUGUAUUAAGAAGCAUCACCCGCAUUCUCGUACCUUCGUAUAUUCCGUGUGUUUGACAAUUGAGACCAGAACGAGGAGUCACUAUUUUUAUAGCCGAACAAAAUCAGCAUCACCACCCUUCUUACAUCAUCAAAGCAUAAAACUAAGAAUAUCGAAAACGUUCCCAAUGUCUUCUUCUUCUAUUCUCCUUCUGCCCCUCCCCCCAUGUUAUUAACUGAUCGCUCUCUUCCUCCUUAUCCCGUACGAUGAGCUCUUGCUCUCUCUCUCUCUCUCUCUUCUCCUGUUUCUGCGUCGGUGUCGAUCUGCUCCCAAUUUCCAUGUGACCUUCUGUUUUCCCUUGACCUUAUUUAUCUGCAUCAAUUGUAAAUUGAAUGGAUUUAUGAUGAAAUGAUACGUAUCUCUUACUAAGCAUACACACCUCUAGAACGGAAAAUAAUAAGAUGGAUCAAAACCUGAACUUAAAGCCA